AACGGGCCGCCAGUGUCUGCGGGUCUAUUAAUGCGAACAGACACAUCUUAAUGCACGUAUUAUAUGAUACAGAUGUGUGUUUAAUUAGCUCAUGUCCGGCGCUGUAAUCAUGGAUAUGCAGCUGGAUGUGGGUGCCGCUGGACGCUGUGAUGUGAUGUAGGGAUCGUCCAGGUGUCUAUAUGGGUCAUCUGAAUGGAGGAGCUGCUAAAAAUGCGGUGACUUGGAGGAUUUCAGGGUAAACACGGAGAUGAAGCAAAGCUGAUUUCCUCUUCAGGUUGUUUAACCAGUACCCAGAACCCAGAUGGAGAUGCUACUGGUUUAUCUGACGGUUCUCGUCAUGGCAUUGAAAGCUCAUAAGGUCCAGGUGUGCCCCAAGCGUUGCAUCUGUCAGGUGCUGUCGCCCAAUCUGGCCACCUUGUGUGAUAAAAAGGGGCUUCUCUUCGUCCCUCCGAACAUCGACAGACGCACCGUUGAGCUUCGACUGGGCGACAAUUUCAUCACAAGCGUCAAGCGGAAGGAUUUCUCUAAUAUGACCAAACUGGUGGACCUGACGCUCUCCAGGAACACGAUAGGAUCUAUCGUACCUCAUGCGUUCAACGAUCUAGAGAACUUACGCGCUCUUCAUCUGGAUAGCAACCGACUGACGCAUAUAACAAACGACACGUUCAGCGGCAUGUCCAAGCUGCACCAUCUAAUCCUUAACAACAACCAGCUCAUGUAUAUCUACAUUGGAGCGUUCAACGACCUCCUGGCGCUAGAAGAACUGGAUCUGUCGUACAACAAUCUUGAGAGCGCCCCUUGGGUCGCCAUUCAACGUAUGAUCAGCCUGCACACGUUGAAUCUGGACCACAACAUGAUCAAUUACAUACCCGAAGAGACCUUCUCCGGCCUGCAGAAACUCAAGCGUCUGGACGUCACCUCCAACAAACUUCACAAGCUACCGCCCGAUCCGGUCUUCCAGCGCGCAGGCGUCCUGGCCACAUCAGGCGUUUUGGGCCCGUCCUCAUUCGCGCUCAGCUUCGGCGGAAACCCGCUUCACUGUAACUGCGAGUUAUUGUGGCUCAGGAGGCUUCGGCGAGAAGAUGACCUGGAGACGUGUGCGGCGCCGGAGCAUCUCACCGGAAGGUAUUUCUGGACCGUGUCUGAGGAGGAGUUCCUGUGUGAACCUCCGCUCAUCACGCGACACUCGCAGGAAACCCGGGCUUUGGAAGGACAGCGAGUUUUAUUGCGCUGUAAAGCACGUGGUGACCCAGACCCCAUCAUCCACUGGAUAGCCCCUGAUGGAAAGCUGGUGUCCAACUCGAGCCGCACUGUGGUCCACAGCGAUGGUACCUUAGACAUCGUCAUCAGUACAGUGAAGGAUUCUGGCUCUUUCACCUGUGUGGCUUCAAAUCCGUCCGGAGAGGCUCAGCAGACAGUGGACCUCCUCAUCACGAAGCUUCCACAUUUCUCCAAUGACACCAGUAUGGUCCAGGAGCCUGACCCGGGCUCGUCUGACAUCGCUACUUCUGCAAAGACAGGAGGAGAUGGUGGUUCUUCAAUGGGCAACACUAAAGGUGGACAGGAGAAGCGAGUACUGAUCUCUGAAAUCACCUCCUCCACGGCUCUCGUGAAGUUCAACUUUCAGCGGAACAUUCCGGGAAUUCGAAUGUUUCAGGUCCAAUACAAUGGCACUUAUGAUGACUCUCUGGUGUACAGAAUGAUUCCUCCUACCAGUAAAAGCAUCAUCGUGAACAAUCUGGCAGCGGGCAUGACGUACGACCUCUGCGUUUUGGCCAUUUACGAUGACGCCUUGACUGCGCUGACAGUGACUCGUGUGGUGGGCUGCGUUCACUUCGCCACUGAGCCGCAGUACCUCCGCUGCCACUUCAUGCAGUCGCAGUUCCUCGGCGGCACCAUCGUCGUCAUCAUCGGGGGCAUCAUCGUCGCUUCUGUACUGGCUUUCAUCACCUUCCUCAUCAUGCGCUACAGAGUGUGCCACCAGGACGGAGCCGAUAAAGGGGUUGAACUGGGCGACAUCCGUUCUCAGUCCAGGACGGAGCAGCUGCAGGUGUGUGGAGUCAUCAAGUCCAUGUCCAAACAGCUCCUGAGUCCAGAGCGGGACACGUGUCAGAUGGAGUCAAUACCAGUCUCGACAUGCACAGCAACGUCCCGACCGUCCAAACCCGCCAUCCCUGACUGCACCGUCACCACCUCCGCUGCGAGUCACAGCUGGCACCCAGCGUCUCCCAGUCCCCUGCGGCCAGCGCGAGCGGACUCGCUCACCUCCAACAAGACAGACACACAACUCAAUGUGGAGUCGGAAAAUGCCAACAAGAACAACUCGGCCAAGGUGCAUCCCAAACCCACCGUCCGGGCCUACUCCACCAUGGUGACACCAGUGUCGAGAAGAGCACAACUCCAGAACCUCCACAACUACCAGACGGUGCCCGUGGGGUGCGUGAGGGUCAGCCGGCGGCAUUCUCUGAAUGUAGACUCAUGCAAACAGCCCAGUUAUGCCAGUUACCAACAGCAGACGGGCGACCUGCGCUCCAAACGUAGCCUGUCGAUGAGCGGCAGUGAUAUUCCACAGAUGGACGCCGAGGAGCGCCGCAGCGGGAGAUCAUCACUGUCCCAGUCUGAGUGGGUUCUGGAAAGCACAUUAUAAUGGAGAGUUUUGCACUUCACUUGUUGUUUUAUAAUAGCGUUUCAUUCCGUUAUAGACUGUAACGUUUAAAAUCGUUGGUUUCCUGCUCGGCGACUCUUCAGUCGUAAGAAACGCUCUGACGGAAAGGACUGGUAUAAGCCAAUGUUUUUUUAAGCACAAAUGAAAUACUGUUUCCUGCAAUAGUACAAUAAUACUAUGACUUGUAUAUUUCUUUGUUUUAUGGAAUAAUACAAACACUGCAUACAAACAUGUAACGUUGUGUAAAAUAAAAUGUGAAAACUCUGUACGUGCUCAUGUGGUGAUACACAGACCUAGAUAUAGCACUUAUUAAAUUGUUAGUUAUACUAAUUGUGACAUGCUACAGAAUGACUUGAAGUGCAAAUUUCAGUGAGUGUUUAAUACAUUUUAAUGUGCUCCUGAAAUGGAAAAAUGAUUAUUCUUCAUCACAGAUACUCUGGAGCUGAUUUCAACUUGCUUUAAGACCUAUGAAUGACUUUUACACUCUCAUUUUACUGAUUUAUUCCUCUUGUAAAAAUAUUAAGAUCAGUUUACCUGAGAAACAGGUAAUUGCAUGAGAGAUAA